CAGCGCGGGUUUCUAUGGAACUGCAAGCCGUUCGGUCGAAGUCCUAAUCCAUCUGUUGUCUGGUUCUUACGAACUUCUAGCUUUUGACCGUUUUCUGCGUUUAAACCUGAGGGGCGAAUUCCUCCUGGUCGAGACUGAGUCCUCUCUGGCGAAGCCAAACUACACACUCGUUCGUUUUCGUCUUCUUUCAGUCGACUCUCCAUCCGAAACAGCCCAGGGCAAUGUCUGGCGCGGAUGCAGCGGCAGCGGCAAAGGCGAAGGCAGCAUUAGCUGCCUUCAGUUUGGAUGCGACGCUGGGCGCAGAUUUCAUUGGCUUUGCGGCGGCGACAGCUGUUUUCGGCAUCUUGACAUCGCAGGUAUUCACGUAUUUCAAGCGCUACCCGGCUGACAAGCCAGCGUAUAAGCUCCUCGUCGCAGGCUUAUGGGUACUAGAAGUUAUGGAUCAGUGCUUCAUAGGGCACCAAUUUUAUUUCUAUUCCAUUACUAACUAUGGAAAUCCAUUGGUGCUGCUCGAUAAAAUUGUCUGGUCACUCGUGCUUCAAGUUGAAGUCGGUGCCCUCGUUGGGACAAUAGUACAGGCUUGCUUUGCUAUGCGUGUCUGGAGAUUCAGCGGCCAUAAUAUCCCUAUAACUGGUCUUGUGCUUGGACUUACAAUUGCACGCAUGGGUACCGCUACCUUAUUCACUGUGAAGGCUUUCGAACUGGAAUCCCUAACAAAGCUCCAUGACCUGAAGGCUUUCGGUACUUUAUCACUUGCACUAGGCGUCGCCACCGACGCCGUCACCGCUGUAGCUCUAUGUUGGUUCCUAAGUAAGUUGAAAACGGGGUACUCAAACUCCGAUUCUCUUGUAAAUAGCUUGUCAUUGUAUGCGGUGAACACUGGCGCACUAACUAGUGCCUUCAGUCUUUCAACCUUGAUUCUGUACAACAUCAUGCCGACCAAUUUCAUCUUUAUGGGUUGCUACUUCGUGGUCAGCAAGCUGUAUGCGGUGUCGUUCUUGGCAACAUUAAACACAAGACGUACAGUACGUGGCAAAGGAACGGACAGGGAGCGAACAGAUCCCUCAAACAGCUUCCACAUGCUCACCAACCCGCGUUCUGACUUGAACAUCCGGUCUGCUCCAGCGGAAGAGCAUGCCAUGAAGAAGUUGUACCCUAUUGGAGGAUUUGAGGACAUCAGGUCAGCUCCUGAGUACCACGUUAAAUCCGCUCCGGAGUACGGAGGCGGGGCUUCCUGAACCAGGCCCCAUAUUAUGCUAAAGCUUGGUGAGGCGCGAGCAGGUUCUUCGCCGUAUCCGAGACUGGUCGACUUGUACUGUAUAACCAAUCUAUCGGGCCUUUUGCUCGCUAGGUAUAAUUGUUGUGAUUUGUCGGGUCUCCGGUAGCAAUCCGGUAGUGGAAUACAAUCGCACUUCUACUAUAUUAUAUAUAUUUUCAUGGUCGCUCAAGAGCACCAAGUUGGAAUAUAUCAGUGGCGCCCGGAUUUUGCCGUCGAUUACCUUGGU